CUGCUGUGACUGUGAUGCACCAUACUUGUUCAAACGACUAAAAAAGUCCCCAAGCAUCGUUACGUUGCGUCGCUGAUGUACUGAACGAUGGCACACGAAGGCCUUCCAAAAUUUGGUACAAGGGUCUGCUGCAUGACGGCUAGCACCGCCACCUGGGCAUACUUCGCAACCGUCUUUGAUGUCAACUUCCACUUUUCGCCCUCAUACAUUAUAUCCUUGGAAUACAGAAAGAGGAUUUCAGGACCGACAAUGGUUGCGUCUACAGUUGAUAUUAUGGUAGAUAUCGGCGAUGACAAAGCGCAACUCGACAGUCUGCCGAACGAGCUACUAAACCUCGUUACAGACUUGGUGGUCUCUGGUGGCACGCCGAUGGCGGUCAUGCGACUGGUGAAUCGGGGGCACUGUCGUCUUGUUUCGUGGUCUGCUCCCGUAGUGAGACUCCAUCUACUGCGGGAACGAGCCAUUGGGUUCUGCCCAGUGCACAACCUCAUGAAUCGUAGGCGGACCGAUCUGGCACCGCCUCAAUCUGAUGUUCCUUUCGGCACUGAACCGAUGAUAUCGCAUUCUUGUGGACGUAUCACCUACGUCAAUGAGAUAGCCAACGACCAUGGGGUGCAAGGCUCCAAGACUCCUUUUGCAAGGCGUACCAGGCGUACUGCCACGUAUCGUACAUACUAUCCGGUUGUCCAAACGCCUCGAUAG